UCAAAGUCCUUUGUAGUUGUGGAAAGAUGGCCCAUGCUCAGAUCUCCACGUAUCUGCCCCCCAAUAUCAACCCCACCCAGGCUGCCAUUGCCUAUGGCUGUCGGGCCCUGCCCAAGCUGAAUGAGGAGCUGAACUCAGAGGACCUGCUGACGAGGCAGAAAGCCCUCAUGGCCCUGUGUGAUCUCAUGCACGACCCUGAAUAUGUCUACGAAGCCAUCAGAAUAGGCUUCCUGGAGAGCCUGAAAGCUUCGCUAAAAGAUAGCAACAACAUGGUGAGGAUAAAGACCACCGAGGUGCUCUACAACAUGGCAACCCAUAACAUAGGCAGAGAUGGCUUUCUAGAGCAUGAUGUCAUCCUUGCCCUGUCCUUCCUGCUGAAUGAUCCCCACCCACUUUGCCGGAAGAACCUGCACAAGGCAUAUAAGCACCUGGCCCAGUUGCCUUCAGGAGCCCGAGGCAUCAUCAGCAAUGGCCUGAUCCCCUUGCUGGUGUGGAAGCUGCACAGGGAGGAGGAGGAGAUCCAAGAGCUCAUUCUGGACACACUGGCCCCCUGCCUGCAGGAGGACGCUACUGAGGCCUUGAGCAGCCGCGUGGUGCCCUUCCUGAAACAGAAGCUCCUCAGCACCAACGGCAACAUCCGCAGCAAGGCAGCCCGUGCGCUCAUCUCUGUCAGCAUCCCUCUGGAGGGCAAGAUCCAGGUGUGGCAGCAUGAUGUCAUCCCUAUCCUGGUGCAUCUGCUGAAAGACGAUGAGGCCGAGGUGCAAGCCAAUGCCGCUGGAGCCCUGAUGUAUGCCACAGUGACUACUAAAGGGAAGUAUGCAGCUCUGGAUGCAGAAGCCAUCAAGCCACUCCUGGAGCUGCUGCUCACACCCACGAGCAAGGUGCGCCUGAAUGCCACCAAGGCCCUCACCAUGCUGGCCGAGGCCCCCGAGGGUCGCAAGAUCCUGCAAGCCCAUGUGCCCAUCUUUCGCAUCCUCGAGGAACAGUCCACUGAGGCUGUGAAACGGGCAGCCCAGAUUGCCAUCAAGGUCAUCGAGUGGAAACCCUGA